UUGGCUUUUUAAAAACGUUGUUGAUAAACAAGCUUUUUAGUGAGUGUCACGUGGUAAAAUCAUACGUAGUUUUUUUGAAUAAAUUACUGAACUUUAUAGUUAUUCUUUACGUAGUACCAUUUUUUUUAUUUGAAAUGCAAUAAAUAUUUAUUUAUGGUUUUUAGUGCAAAGAUUAAAUGAGUGGUUAUGCGUUAUACGGACGUUUCAGGGCAACCGCGGACGGACUCAAAAAACAAAUGCGUGGGAGCUAAUUUAUAAUCGCAAUCGUAUGAAAAAAUCAAUACCUCACAUAUGUUAGGUGGGCGAGUAGACUACAACUUGUGGAUAUAAAGAUAGUGCUUAUAGUAAGACGUAUAACAGCACGAGUUUACUGAGCUGAAUUGACAACCCCAAACUCAUGGCGGAUCAACCACUAUCGACUCUUGCACCCGACGAAAGAAGUUAUAUUCUGCAACAGAAAACGAAUCACAAGACGGGUGGAAGUAUUGCCUCCGAGGAUGGAACAUCACAAUCGGACACAAAACAACUUGUGGAGAAUGAAGACAACUUUCGGAACAGCUUGCCAUUCACGAGCUUCAACUACAUUAACUCUAUCAUUGGCAGUGGAGUUAUAGGAAUGCCGUACGCCCUGCAUCAGGCGGGGUUCGGCCUGGGAAUUUUGCUGCUGCUGUUGGUGGCCCUGUUCACUGACUACUCCCUGGUGCUGCUGGUAAGAAGCGGUCACCUCAGCGGCAAAUUCUCCUACCAGGGCCUGAUGCAGGCUGCCUUUGGCCGUCCGGGCUACGUGCUGCUGCUCUGCCUACAGUUCAUGUAUCCCUUCAUAGCCAUGGUGAGCUACAACGUGGUUGUGGGCGACACGGUGACCAAGGUGCUGGCACGAGUGACUGGAGUCGGCGCGGACUCGCUGCUGGGACACCGAGAGUUUGUCGUCACCAUGGCAACGGCGCUGGUGGUGGUACCGCUGUGCCUGUACCGCAACAUUGCGCGCCUUGCCAAGAUCUCCUUCCUGUCACUGGCGUUCGUGACCCUCAUCCUGGUGUUCAUCCUGGUGCGGCUGGGCUCGCUGCGCAGUCAAGUGCCGAGCACAGAUGAUGCGUGGCAGUUUGCAAAUUGGAACGUCAUUCCUGCUAUUGGGAUCAUGGCAUUUGCCUUCAUGUGCCAUCACAACACGUUCCUGCUGUAUGGCUCCAUCAAGGAUGCCGACCAGAGCAAGUGGGACACUGUCACUCAUGCAUCUGUGUUGUCUUCCUUCUUGGCGAUGGGAAUAUUCAGCAUCGCCGGGUACGCCACCUUCACCGGGCUGUCACAAGGAGACCUGCUGGAGAACUACUGCUGGGAUGAUGACCUCAUGAACUUGGCACGCCUGCUCUUCAGUGGCACCAUCCUGCUCACGUUCCCACUGGAGUGCUUCGUGGCACGCGAGGUGGUGCAGACGGCCUUCUUCUCCGACAACACGGGCGAGAGUCUCUUCAACCACGUCGUCAUCACUCUAGGGCUGGUGGUCGUCGCACUGCUCAUCUCCCUCAUGACCGAGUGUCUGGGCAUCGUGUUGGCCAUCAACGGCGUGCUAGCAGCAGUGCCACUGGCGUACGUGCUGCUUGCGUUGAGCUACCAGCGACUGGAGUGUACUGAUAUGAGUGGUGUGUGGUGGUGAUGCAGGGCGUGCUAGCAGCAGUGCCACUGGCGUACGUGCUGCCUGCUGUGAGCUACCAGCGACUGGAGUGUACUGAUAUGAGUGGUGUGUGGUGGUGAUGCAGGGUGUGCUAGCAGCAGUGCCACUGGCGUACGUGCUGCCUGCUGUGAGCUACCUGCGUCUGGAGUGUACUGAUAUGAGUGGUGUGUGGUGGUGAUGCAGGGCGUGCUAGCAGCAGUGCCACUGGCGUACGUGCUGCCUGCGUUGAGCUACCUGCGUCUGGAGUGUACUGAUAUGAGUGGUGUGUGGUGGUGAUGCAGGGCGUGCUAGCAGCAGUGCCACUGGCGUACGUGCUGCCUGCCGUGAGCUACCUGCAUCUGGAGUGUACUGAUAUGAGUGGUUCGUGGUGGUGAUGCAGGGCGUACUAGCAGCAGUGCCACUGGCGUACGUGCUGCCUGCUGUGAGCUACCUGCGUCUGGAGUGUACUGAUAUGAGUGGUGUGUGGUGGUGAUGCAGGGCGUGCUAGCAGCAGUGCCACUGGCGUACGUGCUGCCUGCCGUGAGCUACCAGUGGCUGGAGUGUACUGAUAUGAGUGGUGUGUUGUGGUGAUGCAGGGCGUGCUAGCAGCAGUGCCACUGGCGUACGUGCUGCCUGCUGAGAGCUACCAGCGGCUGGAGUGUACUGAUAUGAGUGGUGUGUGGUGGUGAUGCAGGGCGUGCUAGCAGCAGUGCCACUGGCGUACGUGCUGCCUGCUGAGAGCUACCAGUGGCUGGAGUGUACUGAUAUGAGUGGUGUGUGGUGGUGAUGCAGGGCGUGCUAGCAGCAGUGCCACUGGCGUACGUGCUGCCUGCUGUGAGCUACCAGCGACUGGAGUGUACUGAUAUGAGUGGUGUGUCGUGGUGAUGCAGGGCGUGCUAGCAGCAGUGCCACUGGCGUACAUGCUGCCUGCCGUGAGCUACCAGCGACUGGAGUGUACUGAUAUGAGUGGUGUGUGGUG